AUGUCCGUCUCACCAACGCCAACAGAUGCGACAGAAACCAUUCCCACCAUCGCUCAACAACAGCUCCUCACAAUCAACAUGACUCAUGUCACAAAACUCACUGCAACCAAUUACCUCAUGUGGAAGAUCCAGGUUCAUGCCUUACUUAAUGGCUAUGAUCUGGCUGGCCACGUCGAUGGUUCCCUUGUUGUUCCAGCUGCUACCAUCACCAAUGGUGAUACGGUAUUUGUGAAUCCAGACUACACCAUGUGGAAACGCCAAGAUCAACUGAUUUUCAGUUCCCUCAUAGGGACGAUCUCUCCCUCGCUGCAGCCUCUUCUCUCGCGAGCCACCUCCACCUAUGAAAUCUGGGACACGCUAGCUCUCACCUAUGCUAAGCCUAGAAGAGGGCACAUCAAACAAUUGAAGACUCAACUCAAAAACUGGCGUAAAGAGAGUAAGACCAUUGAUGUUUACCUUCAAGGAAUUACUACUCGCCUAGAUCAACUUGCCAUACUUGGUAGUGCACUUGGUCAUGAAGAUCAAAUAGAUCUCAUACUUGAGGGUCUCUCCGAGGAAUACAAACCUGUAGUUGAUCAGGUUGAAGGAAGAGACACACCGCCAACAAUCACGGAGUUACAUGAGCGACUUCUCAAUCAUGAAGCGAAGCUGCUCUCUGCUGCAGCUGCAAUUGUCCCUCACGUACCCGUCAAUGCCAAUGUCGCUCAACAUCAUCGCAACAACAACAACUACAGAAACCAAAACCAGAAUCGCCACAGAAAUAAUCAAAACCAGUGGCAACAAUCCUCAUCGCCAACUGGGCAAAACCAAUCUCAGCAGCCACGUAGUGACUAUCAAGGUCCACGUCUUACCUUGGUCGUUGUCAGAUUUGUGGUAUUCAAGGACAUGGAGCAAAACGCUGUCCUCAGCUUCCACAUUUUCAAGCCAACAUUUCUCAAAAGCCCAGUCCUUUCACACCGUGGCAACCAAGGGCGAAUUUAG